AUGGCGGCUGAACCUGACCGGCACUGUGGUCUUGGCGCUCACAGCAGGCAACUCUGGGAGAUAUCUCCUGAGCGACUCAUCUAUCCCGAGACCCGACCUGGGGUGCUUUCAAUCGACACUGCAGACCUUGUGCAGAGACCAAGGUCUGCAGAGCUCAAGAACUCCCGAGGCACUCAAGCUACAAGCAGGGACGGACCCACAAUGCCGAGACACACACCCGACAGUAGUGGAUCACUGCGGGGUCCCCACAUAUAUCCAGCUCCCAACCGCGAAUGGCUGAUACCACCUGACAAACCCUACCACAGCAUCAGAGGAAACUGUGAGGCGAAGGACUGUAUCCUGCCAGUGAUGGGAGUAGACUGCUACCUGCAUAGGGACUGGGGUCGCCUCCUCUCUGACUCUGGAGUAGUAAUUAUCAGGGUCACCUUAUCACUGGGAUGA